ACACCAUUCUCUUUUUGUUUUCCCAGUAACAGCUUCAGUACUUCCCAGCACAAAUUCAUUUUGACAAUGCCUAAGCCUGGUUCUGGUAUUGAUUUUUUCAUUGUUCAGGCAAAGCCCAUACUUGCUGCUGUCUCAGCCUGUGAUUACUGUGCUUUACCUUGUUGUGGCAGAGGGUUCACACAGUGCCCCUUGAAAUACAUGCCAGGUGCAGCUUCUGUGCUAAUUAAGCUCCUGCUAACAGAGGAUGGUGACUUAAGUACUGCAGUGCAGGUAAGGAGGAUUUAAUUUUUUUUUUUUAAUGAAAGCAAAACCACUUAAAAUGUUUUUUUUUUUUUUUUAACAAAAGGCCUGUUCUCCACAUAUGUGUGAACAGGCGUACCUGCCUGCUUGAUAGAGCAAUGGGCAAUGCAGCUGGGGAUUCGACUUCUCUGAUUCAGGAAAGUUUUUUGUGUCUCAUUAUUUUGACAGGGCAGAGGGCCACAUCUUAAAGGUCUGCCUGUGUCCUUCCUGCUCCAGACUGUGUCAAAAAUUGUGUUUUGCUGAGACACAUCAGCUUUAACAAAGCAACAUACUUUGUUGAAAUAUUUUCAUCAGAAAUGUUUUGACAAGUUCAAAUGCUGGCACAAUAGCUGGUUUGCUAAUUCUUUACUCCUCUUACCAAUAUCUGGGCUCUUCUAUUUCUUUGUUCAUCUCACAGCUGAAAGUUUCUGCCUCCCAAGGCAGCUGCUGCAGUGGGAUGUGUGCUGAGUGCUCCAACAUUGAAGUGAAAGGCACAGUUUGAGCACUUAGUGAGAUAGAUUAGAUGACAUAAAAACAUACCCUAAGCAAAUACUGGAGUAGGAUGUUGCAGUCAAUAGGCUUUCUAAGGACCCUGUGGUUCAUCUGGCCAGGGUGAGCUCAUUUGUGCCUUUUAUUUCAUGCUUGGGCAGUCAGGCUAAAUCCUGUAAAUCAUUCUGUACUUUUUGCUUUUAAGUUCCUUGAGAGCUGAUCUAUCAGACGGAGCUUUUAGUUUGCACAGAAAUAGCACUGCUUGUCUUAGAUUUUUUUUUUUUAUGCUUUAGGUUUUUUCCAAAGGCUGCAUAAUGACCUGUGCUUAGUAACAGAGACAAGGACUCAAGCCUUUUCAUGUUCCAGAAUCAAAGGAGAAAUUAAAAACUCAGUGAAAAACAGCACAGCACGUAGUUUUUAAGGAAAGCACAUAAAUACUCCUUAUACAAAUAAAUGUGUUUCUAAAUGCUUUACAAAAAUCUAGCUACUCUAUUUAGAGGAUAUGUAAUUGUGAGAAUAUGAUAAAACUGUAUAAACUCUUAGCACACUUUUUUUGUUAAUUUUAAGUCUCUGUUUAGUUCACUGCAAUCAGAACUUGUCCAGUGCUUGGAGCUGAGAACUCACCUACUGCCACUAUUAGGUAUUUAGGCUCUGAUUUCAAAAAACAAACGUGUGUGUGUACGUGUUUUACACCUGCAGCUCCUUUGUAGACUCCAUGUGGCAUCCCCAAAUGUCUCAGCUGGCACCUGCAGCAGGUUGCACCAGACAAGUGACCUGCAUCCAUCACACCUUCCUUCUGUUUACAUUACACAUUGUCUGUUUUCAGCACAUCAUUACAUCCUACAUUUCUGUUGUGCAUCUUGGGGGAGAGUAGGGGAGUAUGUAUGUGUGAUUGACACCUGGACAACAUUUAUUUGAGUAAUUUUAAUGUUCUAAGAGUCGGACACCUGCAUUGGCAGCCAAACCACUCUGUGGACAAGCAGAGGUUGUAAGGUGUCUAUCUGCAUCACUGGAGUCAUCAGUGAAGUUCAGAAGAGCAGAUCUAAGAGGAAGGAGUACCACUGCUCUUCAAGGGCUGAGUUUCUCUCCAAACACAAAGGUGAUGUAGGAUUUUUCCAGGGAUUUUUUUCAGGAAAGCUGAAACUGCUCAAGAAGAAAAGAGGAGCCUCAGGUGCACCAUGGCCUCUUCCUAUAAGCACACCCCAGACUUUAGUGAUACUGACUUAUUGAAAAAGUGUGUAGAAACUGCUCUGCUAAUAAGGUGAGGUAUAUCUAAUUAACCAUCAUGGUCAUUGCUGUCAUAUUCAUCUCCUAACAAAGGUAAUUAGCACAGCAGUCAAUCUAAAAACCUCUGCAUCUCUUGCUUUUCAGAUGCAAUGUUUUUUAAGAGCAAAGAUUAACUCUUUGCUCCCAUGUAAUUAUUCAAAUCAUUAUUCUGUGAUGAGACAAGGCACUAAAAAGCAGCUGAAGGAAACAUUUGUUUUUAAGGCUAUUUCUACAGCACUUUUCUUGGUUGUCUGUUAAAAAUGCAUCAAACCAGACUAACUGCAGAGUCCAUCAAGGUAUAGAUAACUAAUGAAUGAUGUUAUUCCUAACUGGCAGGAUAGGCUUUUUUUUAAUGACUCAAACUUUUAAGUGAGAAAGGAGGCUGAGGCUAAGCAGGCUUAGAAAAUUUCAGAUGGUGUUUAGUGGGUAAAGAGAAAAGGAUUGUUCAUUGUGGCUCUCAUUUAUUCUUGUCAGCAUAGCAGCAAGGUUAAUUUGGCUACAGAAGUUCAUUCAAGUAGAGCAGCGAAUUGCUGCCCAUGGUCACUCUUUUUCCCCAGGGCGUGGUGGACACCAUGUCCCAGGUUCAAGCCAGGGCAACUCAACUCUUGCAAUAUUUUGGUGUAGCCACAGGGUGGUGGUGAAGAUCUUAGAGAAAACUUCGUUUCUCUGCUGCGCUGAGGGAGCGUUCUUUGAUGUGUGCAGAGCACACGUGCCACAUCUUUGCAGUGUGGUGACACCCUCAGACACUGUUUGCAGUCACUUGAACCAACAAGGGUGAAUUAAGGCCACUUCCUCUAACACAUUAACUCACGUUGCUUUUGGUUUUAUCCUUCACUGUUGAUGAUCAGCAUUUAGGGAGUUGAUGAUAAGCCCAGUUGACUUCCACUAGUAAGGACUGUUGUCUAAGGAGACAACAGCCGUUCCAGUAGUUUCAAAAAGACACAAUUAAGAAUUGAGUUAUGGCAUUUUUCAAAUGGCAUUUUUCAAAUACAUAGUUUAGUAGCCCAAUAGCAUUGACUGUUCCUUGAAUAGCUAGAUAGGAAGCCUGCUUAUUAGACAUGAAAAACUUUGUAGUUCUAUUUAUUUACUCUAUUUUUAAUCUAACCAUGUUACUUCUUUUCCAUAAUCACCUAAUAAUUGUAAUGCCACAUUCUCAGCAUUUUUUGUUUUAAUUUCUACAGUCUUUGUCCCUAAAUCCAUUGUAAAUUACCUGAUUCAGAAAUUACCUUCAGUACAUAUUUUUGCAGCACAGUAAUGGUGUGAGACAUGCCUUCUAUCUCACAAACCAUCCAAGGUGUCAGAGGCUAACAUUUGUGUGAUAUAUUUGUACAAAGGAACAGGAAAUCAAAGCCUUAUUAAUCCAUUUUAACAAUUUCCUUUUAUGUAACAGUGGUAAAAGCCAAAGUACAGAGCACUUCAGCUUAACAUUGGAAUAAAUAGAAAGACUCCACUUUAAACCUGUGUUUUAAUUAUUGAACAGCUCUCAAAAUUAAAUCACUGACCUUUGAGAAUUUAGUCACCAAACAAGAGUUUGUCCUUAAGGCACAUAUUGGAGUGUUCAUUCCUUUACAUGAAGUUUCUACACUGAGUUUAAAGAUGCCCAAGAACACUGCAAGUACCAAGUGAACAAGCCAAAGUCAUAUAACCUAUGUAAAGAAUGAAAAGCUGGAUUGUACUGCUGGCUAUUGUAGUCAGCACAGCAGAAACACAGAAGCAGGACGUCUGCACCCAAGGGUAUCCUGGCAUCCCUGGCAAUCCUGGGCACAAUGGCAUACCUGGUCGGGACGGACGUGACGGGUCAAAAGGAGACAAGGGAGAUACAGGUGAACCAGGAAUUCCUGGCAGUCCAGGAAAAGAUGGUGUCAAUGGAGAGAAAGGUGAACGAGGAACCAAUGGGACUGUUGAAGAGAAGGGGAACAAAGGAGAUAAAGGAGAAAGAGGACCACCUGGGAAACUGGGACCAAAAGGAUUUAUGGGAUCAGUGGGUUACAAAGGUCAGAAGGGAGAGCUGGGACUGCAAGGACAAAAGGGGUUAAAAGGAGACAUUGGACCCAUAGGUCCAAAAGGAACAAAGGGGGAAAUUGGCCACCCUGGAAGAGUUGGUUUCCCAGGGCCAAUUGGCCCGAUUGGUAAUCCAGGUCCUAAAGGUAAUAUUGGAGGUAUAGGGCCACAGGGUAAUCCGGGAAUUCAGGGGGAAAGAGGCUUGAAAGGAGACAGAGGAGACAAGGGGGACGUAGGUGCCCCAGGAGUGCUGCCAAGGAGUGCUUUCAGCGUUGGCCUCACAGCCAACACCAAGUUUCCCCCUCCGAAUCGCCCGAUCAAGUUUGACAAGGUGCUGUAUAACAGCCUGAACGACUUCAACUCUGCUACUGGCAAGUUCACCUGCAAACACCCCGGUGUUUACUAUUUCACCUACCACAUCACUGUCUACUCGAGGAACGUGCGCGUAGCUCUCGUGAAGAACGGCAUCAAGAUGCUGCACACGGUGGACAGGUACCAGAGCGGAGAGGACCAGGCCUCGGGAGCCGCCAUCCUCGAGCUGCAGGGAGGAGACGAGGUGUGGCUGCAGGCCCACCAAGGAGAGGCUUUCAACGGGCUCUUUGCAGACGGCGAUGACGAUACCACCUUCUCUGGGUUCCUCCUGUUCGGCACCGCUGACCCACCGCAGCCACUGCUGCUGCCCACCCCGUAGCUCCGCGUUAUCCCCGAAUGCUGCGUGCCUGUGCCCCUCAGCCCUCCCUAAGAGAGGGGCUGGGCAGUUUCUGCUGGAUUCAACGGAAAAGGCUUGGUUCUAGGAAAAGCUUCUGCACAAGAGAGGACAAGUCUUCAGAAUCGACAGUGCUGGGCUUAACACCUUGGUGGUUUGAUGACUUACUUGAGGCGUUCACAGGGGUGUGUACCCCCGUUCUGAUGAACAAAUUUUAAAGCAAAGUGUGGAUGAAAUAAAAGACAGAAGUUCUGGAAUUAUGUUGUGUGG